CUAACACUUAAUGACGAGGUGCCCACCCGUAACCUAAAUAUAUCAACAGUGGGAAUAACUUUAUGUGCUUCCAAUCCUACCAACCUACCUUUGGAAACCGCAACUGAAUCCGGCACCUCUGUCAAAUCUACUAAACACUUCGUGGUCACCCGUGUGUGUCUUAUCGCAACUGACUUUUCUCACCUGGGUUGUGCCGAGUUGGCUGGCAGGAAACUACGCCAUCAUGGCUCUAGCAGCAGUGGCUGGCGGUCUUGCUGCGGCUGCGUACCUCGACGGAAAGUACCAGCUUCGAAGAGACCUGUCGAUCGUCAAAAGGGUCAAAGGGGCUGAGCAUCGGUAUAACCAAGUUGUCAAGCAAGACAGAAUAUCGGCCUGGUACAACUUUGCUGAGGUAUGCCAGCGCCAUUCCCAUGAGCAAGCUAUCUGGUCACGCGCAGGUAACUGGACGUUCGGGGAGCUGCAUGACCAAACGACUAGGUAUGCGCAAUGGCUCUUGGAAGUCGGCAUCCGGCCCGGCGACCUCGUCGGUCUGUAUCUUUUCAACAGCGCCGAGUUCAUUAUGCUCGUGUUUGCGUGCCACUGCAUCGGUGCCGCUCCGGCUUUGUUUAACUACAACCUCGAGGGCAAGGCUUUGAUUCAUUGUUUGGAUGUCUGCGAGUCUAAAGUUUUGAUUGUAGACUCGGACGCUGGCUGCCAAGCGAGGAUAGCGGGGGUCAGAGAGUACUUUGAAUCCAAGGGGACCAUCACGGUCACGCUGGAUGAGAGUCUCAAACAGGAUGUUUCAGCUCGGCCGGCCGUGGUACCAGAGGACACAUGGCGCAACGGCGUGCAAGGGGAUUUUCCCUUCUGUCUGAUAUUCACCAGCGGAACCACAGGCAUGCCAAAAGGUUGUCCCUUCAAUCUCGACCGCAUGCACCGAUUAGGGCAAGUCUUUUCUCCCCUUGUGCUCCUCCUAACUCACGCAAUCUCAAUCCUAGUAAACCACCUCGAACCCCCUUUCAACUGCAAACCCGGCGUCGACUGCUGGUACAACUCCAUGCCGCUCUAUCACGGCACGGGUCUUAUAUCUAUCGCCGCCAUGCUUUUGACCGGUGUUUCCGUCGCCUUUGCCCCGCGCUUCUCCGUCUCGGGCUUCUGGCCCGAUAUCCACGACUCGGGAGCCACCGCGUUUAUCUACGUCGGCGAGACAGUGCGGUACCUGCUCAAUGCCCCUUCGCACCCGUUGGAACGGAAGCACAAGCUGCGUCUUGCGUACGGGAAUGGACUCCGGCCCGAUGUAUGGACGAAGUUCCAGACCCGGUUUGGCGUGCCUGAGGUAGCGGAGUUUUUCAACUCGAGCGAGGGGGUAUUCGGCCUGAUGGUAUGGGAUAGGGGACCGUACCUGCAAGGCUGCGUGGGGCAUCAUGGGGGACUGAUGAGGAUGUUCCUGAGGAAUAGAUUCGUGCCUGUCUUGAUUGACCAUGACACGGGGGAUAUUUGGCGGGAUGUCAAUACGGGAUUCGCGAAGCGGAUGGACUAUGAUGAAGGGGGUGAGAUUCUGGUUGCAGUGCCGGAUCGAAAGGCGUUUGGAGGGUAUUGGAAGAAUGACCAGGCAACUAACAAGAAGUUCGUUACCGAUGUCUUCAAGAAGGGGGAUCUAUACUACCGCAGUGGUGAUGCCCUGCGUCGGUCAGGGGAUGGGCAUUGGUACUUCAUGGAUCGACUCGGUGAUACAUUCCGGUGGAAGUCGGAGAACGUUUCGACCGCUGAAGUUUCCGAGGCCCUGGGAAGGUUUCCAGGUAUUGCUGAGGCGAAUGUUUAUGGCGUUACGGUGCCUAAUCACGAGGGCAGAGCUGGAUGUGCCGCUAUACACUUGGACCCCAAGGCGGGGGUCACGGCAGAGUCACUCGACUAUAGCGAGCUUCUCCAGUUCGCACGGAAGGAGCUGCCUGGAUAUGCCGUGCCAAUCUUCCUACGGAUAGUCAAGGAGAGCUCGCAUAUUCAUAAUCAUAAGCAAAAUAAGGUCUUGCUAAGGAAGGAGGGGGUUGAUCCAGAUUCAGUGGGAGUGGAAGACCCGACGGGGAAGGGGGAUGUGCUUUUGUGGUUGUCUCCGAAAGGUAGGGAAAAGUAUGUGCCAUUUGAAAGAAGUGACUGGGAGGCUUUGGGACGGGCGGAAGCUAGGUUGUAAGGGACUAUUCUGUUGGAUCAUGUGAGCGUGUUGUACAUCCAGAGUGUUUGAAUAAGCCAGGGCUCAACAGACCGUAUACUGAGCACAGUUGUAACUAAAAUUGCAGGCUGAAGAUGUAGCUAAUCAGGUUUAUUACCGCUAACAUUAAUCGAACCAUUCACGAAACCAG